UGUUGAGCCAUCCCUAGCAUCUAUGAAUCUAUAAGCCCAAAUGUUCUGCUGAUCCAAUGUGCCACAAUAAAGAACGUUUGAUAUUUCUGUUCAUGAUGACACAUUGAAACAAAGCCUUGAGUCUGCAAAUUACCAUAAUUAGUUUUCCAGGUUAGGUUCACUGACCUAUAGUUCCUUGCAUAUCCUCUAAUGCCUUUUUAAAAUAAUACUGGAGUCACAUUGGUGCAGACAACUCUCCUACGAAGUGGGGUGUUCUUAACCUCCUGGACACAACUUCUGAUCUGACACAUCCUCACCCCAGCACACCCCCUCUCAGCAGGGCUUGUCAGAUAUGUUCUUUAGUUCCAGCCAGGCUGGGAAUUGUACUUUUAAGAGAAGCUAGACAGGAAGUUGGUGGAAGGGACUGCAGAAGCCUCUGCUUUGUUAUAUAUUUGCAACUGGUUGCUGACUACUGAGGAUGGUUUCCAGGCACCAGAAGCCCAGAGUGAUUCCUGAACACUGCACAGACAGGGGGAUGUGACCUUUCCCUCUUGACAUGGACAAGGUAAUCUCAGGUCAUGCUGUUUAACCAGAGUUCUCUUAGUAGUAUCUUGAGGGAGUGGAAAUGUUAUUCUAUCCCCUAGAUGGACAAGAGGGGGUGAAGAAAACCAGAUGUGAAACAGGACUACAGUCCCCUGUUCCUUCUGCAGCUGCCUGUGCACAGAGCAGACAGCUGCUUAUCAUCUUCAAAGUGUUUACACCUUUUGAGUUUAACCACAAGAAAAUGACUACAAAUGCCUCCCUGAAGAUGUGUAGAGAUGUUUUGGAUUUCUGAUGCUGUCUCACUUGAUAUUCUACAGGAAAAGAUUUGACAAGAGGAAGGAACAUCCUUGAGUUGGGGAGGAGGCAGGAGGGACAGCUGGCAUCCUUGUAAUAAUUUGGGCACCUACUUUGAGGGAUCACUGAAGUUUCCCACGCUUGGCUCAAAAACGAAAACAAGCAACAGUGAAAAUUCUCAUUCUCUAGCUCACUCAGGCUAGACGAGAUGGGACUCCUGUAGCCAAAUUAUGGUCAGUUUGAUGUCUCGGUACCCAACAUGAUGCUGAAGCUCUUCCUUGUUCUGAAGCAGUUCUCUGAAGCCAGCAAGGUAUGCGAGGGGAGCAAUGGGCAUCUCUUGAUGAUGAGGUCUGUGGUGGAAGAAAAUAUCAUCUCCCUGAUGCAGAACCAGAGCGCCAGCCUGUGGAUUGAGCUGCAGCUUCCCCAGGACUGCACAAAAGCCUCCCAAGAGCCAAGUGGGUUUUUGGUGGGUCAUGGAUGAUGAAAGCCCUGACUACGUCAUCUGGAAGCUGGAUAUCCCUAUCUGCAAGAACCAGUGUGUCACUGUAUCCCAGGAUCUGAGUUUGGAGGAGCAGCAGUGCGACUUCAUGGCAGAUGGCUUCCUGUGUGAAUACAACUACCCCAGCACAUGCACCAGGUUGUCUGCAGGGGCCAGCACUGCCAUGACCUACACCACCCCCUUUAAGGCACAGGACAGUGACCUCCUGGCCCUCCCUCCCCAGACCACAGCUUUAAUCCAAGCACUGGGCUUGGAGCUGGUCUGCACAGAAUACAGCAGAGGAGGCAUGAAAUGGAGCUCUGGUCUGUCUGGGGCCUGGCACUGUGAGGUGGAGAAUGGAGUGUGCGAGGGCAUGUGUCAUGAGAAGGAUGGAUGCCUCUCCUGCACCUGCCGUGAUGGGUGGAAGCUGGAGGCAGACAAACGCAGCUGCUCUACCUCCUGUGCUGGCACCCCCUGCGAGCAUCUCUACAACCCCCAUGAUGCCGACUUCACCUGCGUGUGCCUUAAGGGAUACAAGCUGGCCGAGGAUGGCAUCAGCUGCCAGGACAUAGAUGACUGUCAAGUCAGCCCACAUAUCUGUGACCAAGUAUGCAUCAACACUGAAGGGGGCUUCCAGUGCCAGUGCCACCAGGGCUAUGAGCUGGUGGAGGGGAAAUGCAAAGAUGUGAUAUAUUGUCAUGAAACAAGAUGUCAACAAAAAUGUUUCAUGUUCUUCAAAUAUCAGCAGGAGGCUUCUUGGAUAAAAGAUUAUCCCGCCCUCCAAGCAAAAAUGCUUAAUGCUGCCUUUCUCCAUGGAUCCGAAAGAACGGAGAGAUCCAGUAAACAUGAAGACUCACACACAUUCUCUGAAAAAUAUGUCAGUUAAGGCCCUUCUUUUGUCUGCUCACAGCCCCUCACAGAGGCGCACAACCUGCUGACUUGCAGAAGAUACAGCAGAGUUAAUAAGUUGGAGAUGGAAAGAACGUGCAUAAGGGCCACUGAUGGGUCUGUAGUUGCACAGGCAAAAAUAUAAAGGUUGUGGAGGAAAUUAUUCCCAGUCUCAGUGCCAAUUCUGCUGAAUUGUCUCUCAGCCCCAGCUCCUGGAGUGGGGAAUGCCAAUCUAUUGCUGUCCUGGACACCGUGGUGCUGUCCUGACCUUCUCUGUCUCGCUCUUGUUCUCCCUUCAUUGAUCUCAUGCUUCCCCUAAUGUUUCCUCUCACACUCACCUGUCCAUCCUCUCCCUUGCCUCCUCACGUUCCCUCCUGUCGUCCCUCCACUCCUUUUCCCACACACCUUUCCUGCCCUUAGACAUCUCUGCUUUCCUUUCACAUUCACCUUCCCUCCUUUUCUGUCCCCAUAUUUGUUUGCUCCCUACAGUGACAGUGUCUGUCUCCUGACAAUGGAAGGGCCCUUUAU